AUGCGUUCAUACACUGGGUGUAUGACAUGCAGAGGCCGCAAAUUGAAAUGCGACGAAGCCAAGCCAGUAUGCGGCCCUUGCGUCAAGGCAGAUCGGGAAUGCCGAUUUGAAGAGCGAUGUAUAUUUCGCAAUCAGAAUGUUCCUUCGCCUAAGCGGAAACCGCAACGGAGGGCAGGGGCUCGGAAACGAAGAGUUCGAGAGGAGCCGGAAGAGCUUGGAGACCAAACAUGGGUAGACGUACCUCAUGAAUUGACAUUCAUUCAAGUUGAUGAUCCUUUCUCUCCAGAGAGAGAAAACUUGCUGCAGAGGAACAAUCCCGACACUGCCCCUGGGCAGGAUGAUACUUCAGCCCCGGGAGGCGAGGAGUGUCAGGAUGGAGGCAGCUCCCCAGGUCCCACAGUUGAGCCCGACUCUCUACUAGAGCGAGUCAACUCAUUUCUUCGACACGAGAGAGCGUUGGACGCCUAUCAGGGAUCCAGUGGCAAGCGACCUCACGGAUCUCUGGGAGGGGCUUUGCUUAGCGAUUCUCCAGGAUGGCACACACCGUCGACAACUGUCACAGUUGAUACGCCAGCAAGCGUUGGGAUCGCUGCGGCAAGAGACGAGAGCUCUGGAAAAAAUUCUGAUUCCAAAGUGAUUGUAUCCCACAUGCUUCGACAUUUCAAGGAAGGUCCUGGCCAGUGGAUGGAUCUGUUUGACACUACCGCUUAUUUUUCAUCGAAGGUCCCGGUGCUGGCAGCCACACGACCUUUACUGAAGUCCGCAGUUUGCGCUCUUUCCGCGAAGCAUUUGCAACACGUUUAUCGUGUCUCAGCCGCCGAAAAUCGAAAAAGCUCCUUGCUGCCAUUCGCCGAUGAAGAGACGUGGCAAUAUCAAUCUGCCAAAAACUAUGACCAGGCGCUUGGGCUCCUGAAAACGGCUAUCAAUCGCGGAACCUAUAAUGAUAGCCCUUCCGAUAAGGAGGAAAUGCUCGCCACAGUCGCGAUUCUCUGUCUUUAUGAGCUAAUGGAUGCCCCAGGUACUGCCUGGCAAGCUCACCUGAGUGCACUGCCUCUCUUCAACGAUACAUCGGCUUCGAUGCCAGCGCAAUCUUCAGUGAUCAUCCCCAAAACCGCGAUCAAGGGCCCAAUAUUCUGGAGCUUGGCGAGACAGGAUCUACUCUGUGCCUUCAUCAGUGAGACAUACACCCGGUUGGAUCUGAAAGACGUACGCCUGUGGCAAAAUGUCGGCCUGGUAACAGAUGAAUAUGGAAACUUGUUUCCCACACCCGCCGCAAGUCCAUUUGAAACGCAAAAUUCCCUCGGCAUCGAAGAAGACAUGAAAAGCAACGAACUCACCUGGCUUCUUGGCAAGAUUGCCAAUCACCUCACUGCUGGCGACUCGAUAAUUCCCGAGGAUUUCAUAUUACCUCGCGAAGAGCGUCCAGAUAUCGGAGUCACACAAGAACUCCUUUAUGACAGAUGGGAGAUACUCAUGUCUGAGUUGGAUAAGUGGUAUGACUGCCUACCUUCAACAUUCACGGAAGCCGCCCGCACAAGAGGACAGGGCAACAGUCAUCCCGUGUAUAAUCUUGCCUUUGAAACGUUCGAGCAGAUUUGGUUCGACUUACCACUGUGCGCUGCGACGGUACAGAGCUAUCACCAAGCUAGGAUACUUCUUUUGGUAAACCAGCCUCAGCUGUCGACGGCUAUUCGAUCGACGGUUUCUGCGAGGCUCAGGGCUUAUCGCCAUGCGCUGAAGGAGGCGCUCUAUCACGCUCGGGAGAUCUGUGGGAUCAAUCUUGCGAAUCCAGCAGAUCCUGUGCGGAUCAAUUCUGUGCAGGCUCUGUUUGUCGCUGGGCAGGUAUUUCAAGGGAGACGAGAGCAAGAUGCUGUUCUUGAGAUUCUUACUGGUAUUGAGAGGGACCUGGGAUGGACCACUCAGUAUCAUGUUGCAAAGUUGGUUGAUGAGUGGGGCAGACGUGAUGAGAUAUCCCUUGAAUAG